GGGAGGGUCGCUUCUCCAUGGCAACGGCGCAGCCACCUUUACACCCCCCCCCCGUCCACGCGACAAGGAUCUUGUGCGUCCCUCAGUAAUGACGUGUCGCACGCUGAGUAGACUCGGGAAGAGAGACGCUCAUGCGAGGGAGGCGGCCGGCGCGAGCCAGGACGUGGACACAGCCUGCCAGCUAACCAGGAUGAAGCUGAGUCUCUCCAAAGUGGUCAGUGGGUGUCGUCUUGGGACACUGACAAACCUUGGCAAGAAUGGGGUUCAAACCAUGGAGCUUCCAGGCUGCCUAUUGUAUACCAAAACAGGAUCCCCACCACACCUCACCCACGACACACUGCAGGCAAUUAAAGGGGUUCCUGCCAUUGUACAACUCACGCUUUCAACUCUGGUAGAACUUCACGAGGUCUUGGAGGAAUAUAAAGAAGGAAUUGGGAAAUUUAUAGGUCUGAGACUGGUUAUGUCACCCAGCCUAGAUGAUGUCAAGUGUCAGAUGUCCCCAGAGCAUUCAUUCAGCGGACAAGUAUGCCAGAGUCAGUGCUGUACUGCUCUCUCCAUGACCCCGGUAGCCCCUGCCCACCUGGCUACAACAACAACAAGAGGACACCUGGGAACUGGGCUGAAUCCCACCCAACUAAUUUCACACAGGCUACAGUGCUGUCAGAUGGCAACAACUUUUUGUCGCUAUUUGCUUAAGACAGUGUCCAUAUGGGGAUACGGAGGGCGAAUGGAAAUGACAGCUUCCAAGUUCAUGAGCAUGCAGCGUGCUCUCCAGCCAGAUUGGUUUCAGUGCCUCUCUGACGGAGACACUAUUUCUGGUGAAACCUCCAGAAAGCGGGCCAAGAAGUCUGUGGACCGGUCACUUUUCUUCCUGGAUGAGUGCCUUCAGCUGCAGGAAAAAUCACCGGAGCUGCAGGACAGUGUGAUGGUUGGAGUGAUCGAAGGUGGAGACAUGUUGGAGGAGAGACUCAGGUCAGCUAGAGAGACUGCUAAGCGACCUGUAGGUGGUUUCCUGCUGGAUGGUUUUCAGGGACAAGCCAUGGCCAAGGAGACCAAGCUGAAACUGAUGGCUUCUGUCACAGCGGAGCUGCCGGAGGAUAAACCAAGACUCAUUCAUGGUAUUGGCAAGCCGGAUGAGGUACUGGAGUGCAUCGAAAGAGGAGUGGACGUGUUUGAGAGCUUUUUUCCCUACCAGGUGACAGAGCGGGGCUGUGCCCUAUCCUUCAGCUACGAUUACAAUCCUGACCCUGAAGCUGCAGUCAUUAAGCAAAAUGGGAUCCAGGAUGCAGGAAAAAAUGGCACUGAAAAAGACAUAAAUGAAACCUCAAAAGCUGACCCAGAAAUAACUUCAUUUGAGAUAUUUUUGAAGGAGAAAAGGUACCGGGAUGAUUUUGGUCCCUUGGUGCACGGAUGCACCUGUUACUGCUGUCAGAACCAUAGUCGAGCCUACGUCCAUCACCUCCUCGUGACCAAUGAGCUGUUGGCUGGCGUCCUGCUCAUGAUGCAUAACUUUCAGCACUACUUCAGCUUCUUCCACUCCAUCCGAGAUGCACUGAGAGAUGACAGGCUGGAUCAGCUGAAGAAGCUCAUCUUCAGGCAGGCACUCUAAGAUCCAGGAAAUGCAUAGCCAGGCCAGUGAGUGUAGGGGAGAAGGGGUGAGAGAGAAGUGGGGAAGGCUCCAUGUUGUGUCACUUCCCACUGGGAUCAGGCUGGAGUGCCUGUAGUGCAUUCCGGAUUUGUGAGGCUAAAUGACAGGAAAGGAGGAUUUUCCCCCUCACACCAGUUAAGUGGAAGAAUUGAGAGGGAGACUAGCUGGAAAAGACUCUCUAGAGUCUUGCAGGACCAGUGCAACUACCUUUGUAUUCAGUGAUCAAAAAGCAUUCCUGGAGGCAACAGAACUCUGAGGCUUGGGGUGGGGAGAAAAAGAGACAGAUGCAUUAUGGGAGACUCCCAGCUGCCAUUUUGGGCUGUUGCUUCAACCUCAGUGAAUGUAACAGAUGAAUGUCAGUCUAGUUAGGAUUUGUAUCUCUUUAAAGAAAUCCUUGUGGGGGACAGGGGAAGGGAGAGUCUUCACGUAUUUGCUUGGAGUGAGGUUCGUCCUCAUCCUAACGCCUCUCUUAAGGCCACAGCCAACAUUCCUCCUACUGAUGUUGACUGCAUGGGAGGCUUUCAAAGCUGUUCAAUGCCAACCCCUCUUUGUCUUCUCCUCCGUGCUGCCUCACGGUUCCAGUCCAGGGAGAGAGGGAUAGCAUAUAGCUAUCUCCCAUGUCGCAAUUCAGAGCAUUUGCCACUAAGCCAGCUCACCAAUCCCCCUUGGUAGCCUGGGAUCCUCUAACCGAGGUCUGGCUUUGCAUACUACUGCAGAGCGUCAGCCACAGGGCUGGUUCCCAUCCAUGGCACUUUGGACAUUUGAUCUAUAGUCUUUCUGGCUAUAUAUUCUGCUACAGGGUUUUUUGACUCUGCCAUUCUGCCUUUAUGAGCUAGAAUCUCACUCCCAUACUGGCACAUGGGUGGCACUGAACAUGCCACAGUCAUAUCGGCUAUAUUUAGCUGCUGAGAUCCUAGUGGAUUACACAAAUGCUGAUGUGAGAUGAAGCCACAUAAAUGAUCGAGAACCCCACAGGACAAGGCAUUGUUUUAAAACCAUAUGACUCCUUUUUUAAUAUUAAUUUGCUCUGUUAUAUUCCUCUUACUAGGUUUUUUAUGUCCCUUAUACUGGAAUCAUUGAUGUAUUUAUCUCAUUUUAUGAAAACAUCAAUAAAACUAUUUUUCACACUCUCUGAAUUGCUUCCUAGUCUGACCAACCAAACACAGGCCAAACAGUUUCCCUGUAUAAAUUCCUGCUUCAUUCUUACGGCCUUAAAACCUACAUGGAAGCUGCAGCUACACCUGUUUCUCUUUAAGAAAAGCUGCUCAGUAUCACAGGGAAAUUUUCACUUCUGUCUUCUGUCAAUCCCACAAAUACUACUACCUUCCCAUGGCCUGAUUUUAUUAGGGCAUUAUGGAUUUACAUUCUUUUUUACUCCAUGUUAUGUGCCAGCCUUUAACUUCCUUUCCUGACUCUCUUGAGCUGUUGGCACAUGCCAUCAUAGUGACAGGUUGUUUAGUUGUGGUUUUUUGAUUUGACAGUAGAUGGAUUCAUUGAUUAUUUUUCUUUUUCACCAAUUGGGAACUAGGAUCAAAACCAAAGCUAACAUGAAUGUUUACAUACGCCAGUUUAGGGCUAGAUUCUGAAUGCCCCUGCAUGGAUAUGCAAAGUGGAAGAGAGAUCGCAUGCUUCACACAUUGUGAACCCAGAAUUCCUGUGGUUGUGCUCCCUGAAUACAAUGUGCAGGUCAAAACAAACCCCAAAGGAGGUUGUGUGGGGUAGGGGCUACAGCACUGACUCUUCCUACCACCUGGUGCUCCCAGAAAAGGAGUGUGCAUGCAUCAUCUCAAAAACGUGUGAGAAUUGCACCAUCCACACCAAUCAAAGGCAUUCCGCCUGAAAAUUCCCUAAGCAGAAUGCCUGUGGGAACUGCUUCUGCUGUGGAGCACCUCCACACCCAUCCCCAAUACCUGGCCUUAGAUGUCUUAAUUUGGUAUGAAUUAUCAUACUGGAACAGAGCAGUGGUCUCUGGCCAUCGUUACAGGAUGCAAUAAUCUCAAAUGCCACUGAGAAAACCCAGACCAUAGACCAGGUUGUGCUAUACAUGGGGUUAGUUGAGGGUGUUCAGUGACUCUGAAAAGAGUAAGCAGCUCUUUUCUUAAUAACCUACCAACUUCUCAGAUCUGCUUCCAACCAGAUACCUAGUUUCAUUUGGAGCCUAUAAUACCCUUCUCACUAUAAGGCAAUUUACCCUCCCUAUCUGUUUAGUUACUGAGAAGCAAAAACUAAAAGGGAUGGGAGUGGAGUGCUACCCUGGUACAGAACGCCAUCUCUGGAAGCUUUCUUGGGUGGCUUGCUCCCCAAAACUACUGGAGGCAAGGGGUGGAAGUGAGUGGGUGAGGCACAGAAGUAUAAUGUUCUGCAAUAUCAUCAUCUCAGCUGCCCUGUUUAGCUCUGAGCAGCAGCUGUAGAAUGUUGUUCUAUGUACCAUAUGUGGUGGGGAUAAUUCACAGGGCCAUGUGAUAAAUUAUAUUUACCACGCUUCUCUGACCACUCUGCCUGCACUCUGCUCACUAUUUCAUUGCUGCCAGGGCUGGUUUAGCAUUCCAUCCUCUCAGCAGUUUCAAAGAUCUGCUUGUUUUAUAAAUUCAGAUCAGUCUACCACAAAAAAUAUUUCCUCCUUUCCCCCAGAUGUUUGAUUUCUCUCCCCUCCCAUAAAUUAUCCAGUCCUAAUACCCAUUACAGGCCAUGUUCACUCCUGCAUCAAUGGCAGGUUUAUGGGCAGAUAUCUUGUGACCCUGCAGGAUUACAGAAGUUGUACCCCACUAGAAAUGGGAGGUUCCCAGCUUUCCAACUGAAUGGACAAUUUCCUUCUAAACCUGGCUGGUCCAGAGAGCUUUAAAAUCAUGACACUCUUACAGAUAGAAAAUCAAUGUUUUGUAAAUUCUAGACGUGCUUUAAAUAGUAGCUAUUUUCUUCUUUUUUUUAACUGAGCCCUGUGCAUUUUCAGUCAUGACCUAGCCUUGCAGGCAGAGGGCUAUAAAAACCAGCUCCAAUAAAAAAUUUAACCCCCCUCUAAGUUGUGUCUGAAAUAGUUUUUCUAUGGCUGUGUCUACACUACCCAGCUUUUAGCGACAUGGCUGUGUUGCCACAGCCGUGCCGCUAAAAGUCGCUGUUAGUCGGCUCUCCUGUCAACAAAAAACUUCCACCCCCAAUGAGUGGCGUUUGCGUUGUCGGCGGGAGAGCGCUCCUGCCGACAACACCCUGUUCACACUGGCACUUGUCGCGGCAAAACUUUUGUCUUUUGGGGGGGUGGGGUUAACACCUCUGAAAGAUAAAAGUUUUGUUGUUCAAUUGCCAGCGUAGACAGCCUAAGACAUGGACAGGCUGUAUAGAAUUGAUGGUGCAAAGCAGUCCAAAGGAUUAAUCGGUGCUGCUUUGAGGUGACCAGCAUAAUUCACUAGUAGCUUCAUCUGUCCUCAGCGUGCGCUGUGCAUAGGCUAGCUGCGUUACUGUCGUAGGCAUGGUAACAGCAAUCAGACAAAGGGAGUGGAGUUAGAACCCUCUGAUAACUUGGUUAUAGACAGACCUGGCUCUGGCAUGAAAGGGGAUAAAGAAGAGUUAAUAUCCUACGGCUUCUGCUCUUUCUGCUUUGAAGCUGCCGCUGUACGAAGGGCGGAGGGUACAAGAUCAUCUACCUCCAUCUUCCCAUUAGGGCAUAUCAGAUGGGAGAUGCAGGGGCUUCUGUGCUGUGAGGUGAGAGAUGAAAGCUGGCUGCUCUGUUAUUUCUACAUCCAUUCAGUCUAAUUAAACAGAUAAGGAAUGAGAUCUGUGAAGACAAGAGAAAGACUGACUAUCUAAGGCUUCUGACAAUUUCUAUAGGUCUCUGUCUCACUACCUCUAUCUCAUUAAAAGUGCAGCAGAAAAACCCCUCCCCUCUCCCUUGCUUAGGCCCCCCCCCCCCCCCCCCCCCGCAGUUUUUUUUAUGCCUGUAUGCGUAUGAAUACUCCACAGAGCACUUUGUGAUUGUAGUUUCGAUGGAGGGGGCUCGCUGUGUUGUUGACCUGGCUUAUUUAAACUUCAAGGCUGAGAUUUCCAAAGCUGUUUCUAAGUGACUUGGAUGCUCAAGUCAGUUCACAUUGAAAUUAAUGGGAAUUGAGCAUCUAGAUCCAUUAGACAGCUUUGAACAACUCAGCCUUAAUAUUUUCCACCAUGUAUACCACAUUCUAGCCAAAGGGAUGGCAUAGGGGUCUAAGUAUCAAGUCUGAAGCACCCAAAUGCUCUAAUAGAACCUCAGGUGUGAAGGUCAUCCGUUUAUCUUAGCCUUUCAUCCUUCCAAGGUAGAUUCACAGCAGUUUUCAGCACGUGGGUCCUUUAGAAAAAAACUUAAAUACCAAGGUCCUAUCUGCUGUGCUUAGACAUUAGAUCCCACAGAUGUUUCAUGUGGGAGGGGUUUGUUCCUAGAUCCUUGGCCAGACUUUUUCCUGCUCCCUGUAUUCUGCUGUGCACCCGCUGACUGCUACCUUCCAGCUCAGUGAUGGCUGCAUUUCACUGGGGCUGUGUGUUGUGAUGCACUCCCUUGGUCUGAAGGGUGCUGUGUAAUAAUGCUAUGUACUUAUGUGGACUUGAAAUGCCCCCAUGGGAUAUAGCUCAGAAUUAUCCGUAUUUUACAAACAGGGAAACCGAGGCACGGAGAAGUGAAGCGACUUCCCCAAGGUCUCACAGCAAGACAAUGGCAGAGCUGAGUGUAGGAACUCUUGAUUCCUAACCAUGUGCCUUAAUAUUGCCCUUUCUAGUUGUAUUGCACUCUGCUGCACAGAGCUGUACUUGAUAUUUUGCAAUGUGUAAGAACACUUUUGUGUGCUGUAUGUAAAAGGGGUGUCUUCCUUAUUUCUUAGGAAAGUUAGAUGCUAAAAUAGAGGAGGAGAAGGUGGUUUGGAACAGAACAGGGAUUGGGAUGGAGUACGUGUCAUGGCUUUCACAGAGUGGAUGAGGGAAUGGAGAUAAGGUAUCUGGGGGAUGGAGCAAAGGUUGAGAUGGUUUGGACUUGGCAAGGCCUGCACAGAAUGGAGUGGGAGUUGUUCAGAGUGCCCACAACAGGUGUUGCCAAGACUGCGGUAAAAGUGUUACUGGGAAAUACAUUUCUAAUUUCUUUUUUCAGUUUCUCUCCUUUUUUUUUUUUUUAAAAAUAGUGGGGAGGAACUCUUUUGGUGUUGAGAAAGUUCUAAACUAGGGCUGUCACACUAUUAAAAAAAUUGAUCACGAUUAAUCGCGCUGUUCAACAAAAAUAGAAUCCCAUUUAUUUAAAUAAUUUUGGAUGUUUUCUACAUUUUCAAAUAUACUGAUUUCAGUUACAACACAGAAUACAAAGACUACAGUGCUCACUUUAUAUUUAUUUUUUAUUACAAAUAUUUGCAAUGUAAAAAACGAGAGAGUAUUUUUCAAUUCACCUAAUACAAGUACUGUAGUGCAAUCUCUUUAUGAUGAAAGUUGAACUUACAAAUGUAGAAUUAUGUACAAAAAAAGUAAAACAUUCCAAAGUAAAACAAUGUAAAACUUUAGAGCCUUCAAGUCCAAUCAGUCCUACUUCUUGUUCAGCCAGUUGCUCAGACAAACAAGUUUGUUUACAUUUGCAGAAGUUAAUGCUGCCUGCUUCUUGUUUAUAAUGUCACCUGAAAGUGAGAACAGGCAUUUGCAUGGCACUGUUGUAGCAAGAUAUUUACAUUCCAGAUGUGCUAAAGAUUCGUAUGUCCCUUGAUGCUUCACCCACCAUUCCAGAGGACAGGCGUCCACGCUGAUUAUGGGUUCUGCUUGGUAACGAUUCAAAGCAGUGCGGACUGACGCAUGUUCAUUUUCAUCAUCUGAGUCAGAUGCCACCAGCAGAAGGUUGAUUUUCUUUUUUGGUGGUUUGUGUUCUGUAGUUUCCGCGUCAGAGUGUUGCUCUUUUAAGACUUCUGAAAGCAUGCUCCACACCUCAUCCCUCUGAGAUUUUGGAAGGCACUUCAGAUUCUUAAACAUUGGGUUGAAUGCUGUAGCUAUCUUUAGAAAUUUCACAUUGGUACCUUCUUUGCAUUUUGUCAAAUUUGCAGUGAAAGUGUUCUUAAAACGAACAUGUGCUGGGUCGUCAUCCGAGACUCCUAUAAUGUGAAAUAUAUGGCAGAAUGCAGGUAAAACAGAGCAGGAGACCUACAAUUCUCCCCCUAAGAGUUCAGUCACAAAUUUAAUUAACGCAAUAUUUUUUUAACGAGCAUCAUCAGCAUGGAAGCAUGUCCUCUAGAACAAUGGCCAAACAUGAAGAGGCAUAUGAAUCUUUAGCGCUUCUGGCACAUAAAUAUCUUGUAAUGUCAGCUGCAAAAGUGCCAUGCAAAUGCCUGUUCUCACUUUCAGAUGACAUUGUAAUUAAGUGGGCAGCGCUAUUUCACGUAAAUAUAAACAAACUUGUUUUUCUUCACGAUUGGCUGAAGAAGUAGGACUGAGUGGACUUGUAGGCUCUAAAGUUUUACAUUGUUUUGUUUUUGAGUGCAGUUAUGUAACAAAAGAACUACACUUGUAAGUUGCACUUUCAUGAUAAAGAAACUACACUACAGUACUUGUAUGAAGUGAAUUGAAAAAUACUGUUUCUUUUGUUUAUCAUUUUUACAGUGCAAAUAUUUGUAAUCAAAAAUAAUAUAAAGUGAGCACUGUAUACUUUGUAUUUCGUGUUGUAAUUGAAAUUGAUAUAUUUGAACAUGUAGAAAAACAUCCCAAAAUAUUUAAUACAUUUCAAUUGGUAUUCUAUUGUUUAACAGUGUGAUUAAUCGCGAUUAAUUUUUUUAAUCAAGAUUAAUUUUUUUGAGUUAAUCGCAUGAGUUAACUGUGAUUAAUCAACAGCCCUAUUCUAAACCAAUGCUGCGUGUCUGACUAGAAGGACAAAGGGCUGAAAUGGAACUGAUGAGCUUCAAGCUUGUGCUUCCAGAGAAGCUGGAUGCUCUUGCUUCACACUUGAUACUCAGGCCCAUUAUGCCAUCCUCUCCCAACCCACAGAUAUCUACAAGACAAUCAGCCACCCACAUUUACCCAGCCGGUUCACACACUGCGGUUGGAUAGAAAUGCUGUCAUGCGACAGCCAAUUCAAGGUGCCGGGUCACCCGAAUCCACUUCCUCGUGACAUCCAGGCUCCUUGUUGCUGACAAGGCAGUGACUAGUUGAUGAGAAAGUCGCAGGGUGAAAUGGCGAGCUGUUCCUGCCUGAUUAGAAACAGCCUUUGCUGUACUGUUCAGUUAGCCUCAUUUGUGGCUAUGGGAUAAAGCUUAUUAAAACUGACAAUGAUUCCUGGGGCAGGGAGCCAGAAAGGUCUGCCCCAUGUUGCUGAUCAGACAGCAGCCUGGUUUUGCGUCUUAAAGAUAUUUAAGUAAUUAUGCUGAUAUUAAUUUUUAAUUACAUUAAUUCUCUUGUUGGCUGUGAGGUUUUUUCCCUGCCUCAUAUUCCUGGGGGGUCAGGAAGGUGAGAGAUACAGCUUCUGCCUGGUGCUUGGCAGCAAGAAGACACUUACCCAUGUGUGACCAAAUUCAUGAGACAGUCUCUCAUGGGCCUUCCUCACUUGCCCCCAGCACUGUCACGUGGUUAAAGCAGGGAGUGGAACUAAGAAUCAGAAACUGUAGGUUCUAUUUAUGGCAGUCAGAGAGGUGCUGAGCCAAGGAAGGGCGGAUGUGGUGAUGGUCAGGGAAGCAGUGCUGGAAGGGCUUUUGCCCUGCAGGGGGCUGAGAGUGGCUAGUUUGGGACUAACAGAGCUGGACUGAAUCAGUAGCAUCUGACCUUGCAAGGACUCAUUGAACAAAAGCUAGAAGAUACCAUGCUUAGGAUUUGUCCAACCUCAGCCUGCCAGUGGGUGAUUCUGUAUGAUUGAAUAUGACCAUUGAUUUAAUUGAUAUUACCACUUUAUACAGUUGCAACAAAUCUUGGACAAAGUAUGUCAUGUAAGGUGUCAAUGGAAAAGUUAUGAUUUGCUAAGUAUGAUUAUCCUGUUUAUAUGCGUGUAUUAUCUUUGUAUCUGAAGUUAUGAAUACAUUAGUAGCUUACACAUGUACUGUAUUCCUGGGUAACACUCACCAGGUAAAAUUUACAUCAAGGCCAGACAGCUAUGUGUUGAUGGCCCUGUAAGGACACUUCACUCUAACAAUGGGCCAUAGAAGAAACUCAUCCUACCCAGUAAGCCUUCCUGUGGACGCCUUAGUAAGAAUAUGGGCAAUGGCUGCCCCUGUGAGUAUCAAAGCAUAUAAGGGCAUGUUAUAUGCUCUUGUUACCCUGGACUCCAUCUUGGGCAAGUAACUUUCCACAAACUGGUGUGUGAGCUUUGUUGUGAGACAGUAAAUUUCCAGGCACGUGGCAGAGGAUAUAAAAGACCCCUGAGAAAUCUCCAUUUUGCCUCUUUCCUGCUCUGGACUGUGGAUUUACAACUAAAAGGAGCAUUUUGAACUAUGGACUGAGGACCUACCAACCUCUUGGAAAUUACCAGAGACUUUACAAGCUAGCAGUCUGUAACAUCACUGCUACAAACCUAAAAUAAGGACUUGCAAUUGUUUUGUAUGUAUAUGAUCUAUUAAUCAUUAUUAACUCUCUUCUUCUAUUAUUAAACCUUUACCUUUUAGUUACUAAA